CAGUCCUUAUAAUAAGGCGCCUCAUCACCAGUUCGCUUGGAGACGUGAUAUUUUUUCCCAAUCAAAAGCAGCCGAUUUUCCGUCGCAGCAUCAUUGACAUAAGUGCGGGAUUAUAGGAUUGCCGCUGCUGGAUUCCUAUGCAGAAUAUGCUUUAAUGAAGCACGAUGGAUAACCUGCUCCAGUAACGCGCGCGUGAUUGAUGUGGUGGUCACGGAUGCUUCUGAAUGCGCUUUGCAGACGCAUCGCCUUAAAGUUUCAAUGCUGACAUAGAGCAGAAAAACAGUGGAGAGAAGACCUCAGUCUAAGGAACUGGAAAGGAUAGAUCAAAUGUCUUUUUCGGGACCUUUCGGCCUAUUGCUGAAUUUAUCUCUAGCCAGAUGGCCCCAAGAAAUGCGCGUAACAAUUUCUACAUUUUGGGCUCCAGUUGCGGGAAUGGCAACGCUGGAACCCAAGGCAUGUCGGAAUGGAUAGGCUUGUCCUUGUGCCGAAAAUGUGUCGACUUGGACGGAGUGUGGACCAAGUGUCUGAUAUCUGUUGGAAUUACAUUGCUCCUGGUGCCGUCCAUAUUUGCCAUAGACGAUGAAGCAAGACUCGAGGCAUCAGGACAACCCCUCAGUCCUUCCCAGGAUCCAACCGGAGCCCCAAACAUCACAGUCUCUUCGUCGCUGCUGGAGGAUGAAGACUUCGCCUCGCUGUACCACUCCCCACCAGCGAGGGCAGAAAGCACAAGGGAGCAGCCUGUGUUCGCCUCGGUGCAGACCCUGCAGGUUGCAGAGACACAGCCUCAGGCGCUGGUGCAUUCUCUGCCCUCCCCACCCGGCAACAGUGACAAUCGCACCAAUCAAAAGUCCGCUGGGGAGCAGGCCGUCAGAGUGCCAAAUCCACCGUCCCCGGCACAUAAAAUCAACAGUGUCUUGACCACUAGCUCAGACGAGACUCUUAGUGAAUUCCCCAGAAACCCUGAUCUUCCCACCGCCCCGGGAUCCUCUUUCAUGAUUGUGGCAGAGACAGAUGCUACACUCACUGACAAUGUGACAACUUCGGUCUCCUUUUCCGCUUUUAACGGCACUUCUGAAAGGGCUGAAAAUGCUUCGUCCGGCUCUUCAGCAAGCAGCAACUCCCACACUGUGACCAGCGACAGUCUCCAACUCACCACAGUGACCACCACGACUGUCACGCCCUUAACUGUGACAUCAAUGACUGUGACUCCGCCCACUGCCAUCGUUGUGGUGAAAGAGGUCACGACCACCAUGCCGACCACUACAGCCACCCAGACCACGACAACCGAGACGGAACCACCGACGACAACCACCACUACCACUACAACUACCACCACCACAAAAGUAGCACCAACAACCACAAAAACACCUACAACCACUUUAGCAACCACAACAACGACAACCCCUCUUCAAACCACUGUUGUCUCUACCUCUGGAAGUACCACGAAUGAACCGAGCACCCCUCCUACUGACAGUUCACCUUUGACCUGUAACGUGACCGAAAGAUUAUGGGUGAAAACAGUGUUGUCCAUCCAGAUGCGACGAAAUCGCCUAGAAGCUGAAAUGAGACAGAACCUGUCUAAAGGUUUCACACAGGCACUUCAGAGAGCGUUCAACGACAGCAACGUCCGUGUUCAGUUGGAAAAAGAUAUCUGCACGCCUUCUAAUGUGACUGUGGGCUACUACGUCUUGAGAGGGAAGUCCGUGUUGGUGGCCUCUGUUGUGAUGGACACAUUAGUUUCCUAUGGCUUUGACAAGCUACUGAAUGACAUCAGAGAGUAUGUUCCCGUGGUGUUGGCCAUCCCCAAUCCUGUGGCCCCAUGGUUGCCCAGCCUAGGCAUCCACCUGCAACUCAAAACGGUUCUCAGGUUUGUUGGGCCAAUGGACAACAUCAAGUCUUGCGGCUUCAUCCAAAUGAUGGAGCAACGAUUGGAAAAUGUGUUUGCUGAGGCGCAGGAGAAAGUGGAGGACUCUUAUGGGACUCUUUCUGUUGAGAUUCUGAACACGUAUCAAACGGGGAAUUCUUUGGCAGUCACUCUGGUGUAUGUGGUGUGGAACGGUAGCACUCCGUUGAACGGUACUGUGUCCAGCGGUCUCCUUAACCAGCUCACUGCCGAGCUGGUGGGCUACUUUCUCUUCUUCCCCCCUCUGAUCAACGCUGAGCCUCUAGAGUACCACAACCUUAACACUUCAGUAGCAACCCGAGAUUACUGGGUAAUCACAGUAAUUCAGGACGUUGACAGCUCUUCUCUUGAGGGGAGUUAUCAGAGCUUUGCUAGUCUAAUGGAGCAGCGCCUGGCGGAGCUCUUUCUGGUUGCCAGUCGACGUGGCCUCCGCUUCAGGAGAGCCACGACUGUAGGCGAUUACACUGUCCAGAUGGUCAGCAUCCGACGACUGUCUGGUCCUAAGAACCAAGCUGAAAUGACCUACUACAUACAAGUAGAUGGCUCUCCCAUAACUGGCACUGCUGCAGCUAAGACCCUCAACACGGUGGACUCUCAAACCAUGGCUCUCUCUCUGGGCUACUUCGUCCAAGUUCAAGCAGAGCCGGUGGUGAAGAAUCUGCCUAGUAACCUCUGGAUACUGGCGGUCCUGAUACCUGUAUCGCUGGUGAUGGUUAUGGUGAUUAUGGCGGUUGCUAUCAUAUGCAGGAGAAACCGAACUGUAUUCAAAACCAGCGCAUUUCGCAAUUUUCAUCCCCGCACCAAGACCUCAUAUCGAAGAGAUGGGAGUUAUCACCACCAGCCCGUGCAGGGUUUCGACUACGCCAAGCAGCACAUGGGCCGGACAGGUGAGGAGGCUCUCACUGUCACCAAGGAAACACUUGUCCUGUCCCUCCCGGUACGGGACGCCCCUCUUACACAAGACAGGGUGGCGGUGUUACAAGAUGGCACGGCCUCAAAAAGACCCCAGUCAACGGAGAUGCAUCUCAGCAGGUUGCCAAGCGAGGACGGCUCUGUUUCGAGCAACGAAUCUGGGAAGCUGAACACGGGCAGAAGCUCCACAGCUCGGAGAUCAACGGCACAGAAAGCACCCAAAGAAGAGCAACACACAAGAAAUGACCAUUAUGACUCUCUAACUGGCUCUCUACGCCUCAUCACCAUCAAGCCUAUGGCUGCCCCACUCAACUAUUCCUAUCCUGACUCCUCCAAUCACAGCCAAGACUCUGUCAUCCUGAACGGAGAGGUCAACAUGGGGCUGAAGCAGAAGUCGGACAUCGAGCAUUACCGGAAUAAGCUGAGGUUAAAAGCUAAAAGGAAAGGUUACAGUGACGGGCCGGUCACUAGCAGCAGCGGGAGCGGCAGCGGCAGCGGACACAUGUACAGCCAUCGAGACCGGCUGAGGUGUGAGAAUGCUUCCCUGGACCUGGAAGAUCUGAGGGGGCCGAAGGUGGACAGGAAACCCUCCACUUACGUAAAGUACCGCAGGAGUGACUCCCACAGGGAACCUGCAUAUUGGAGCAGGCAGUCUCUGAACACCCCGAGCCCUGUAGAGACGGACAUGCUGGUCAUGAGGGAGAGAUCUGGGAGGGGCAUCCGCAACAGCGGCUACGAUGGUGAGCCCGAGCCAUUUGAAGAGACGGAUGUGGACCAUCUUUUGAGUUCCUUGGGUUUCGGCGGUGGUCACCAGGUCAAAGGUCACUCGGACUCGUCCACCUUGAGCUCGCAGCCCUCCAUCGAUGAAGUGAGGCAGCAGAUGCACCUCCUCUUGGACAACGCCUUUGGUUUGGCCUCUGCCGAGCCAAACCCGGGCAACCACCACCACCAUCACCACCACCCUCACAGUCCGUACAACCCCAGCCACGGUAGCCCUUACCUGGAUGGAGUUACCAGCGCACCUGGGACUAUGAACCACCCCAGUGGAGCUCUACAGCGCGGCUCCUCCUUUGGGCCGGAUAUGCACCAGUGUAGCCUCCCCAAACCAGGAUUCAGGUUUACCCAGCUGCCUGAUAUGGGUUUGGGUUCCCCGCCACCCCUCAUUCCUCCAAGAGCCCCACCUGGAACUUCACUAAGAGGCUCCACACCAGACAUGAGUCUGAAGCCUCAUGUGUCUGAGGCCUCAGAGAUGAGUCAGCACAAUGGCACCCCCUACCUGCCAAUCAACCGAGCUCCUUUCCCUGCUGUUACCGUCGACGAGUCUAUGACAAGCUACUCAGGAAACCCAAUGACAGCAGUAUAUGCCAUAUCUGCCAACCGCCCCGGCUACUCGGACUACUUCGUCCUGUCUCCACCGUCCUCCUACCGGAGCCCGUCUUGGAUGUCCUACCCUCCAGAGCCAGAGGACCUUCCACGUCAGUGGAAUGACACGGUAAAGAACCAGUGUCACCUGGAGACCAUCUGCUGAAUUGGAGUCCUUUCUGAUGCUGAGCAGACACUGAAAUUUACCAGGGGUUUGAACCACCAAAAAGAAUCGUCGUCUACUCUGAAAUUUCAGAUUCAGCGGCCCCAACUGACCACGACGCUCGGCCGAACGGCCAACCAGACCCACAAGCCACAAACUCACCUGCCAGCCUAAGCGAG